AUGCAGCCUUUGGCAACGACCACCAUCAUGGCCACAACCACCAGCAGUACCGGGGCGGGUGGUGUCGCAACUACGACCACCACCGCGUCCGGAGCCACUGCCCAUCAGCAGACACCGUCCGGCAAUGGGACGUGCUGCUCGAUACCGCCACCGAUCAUGUUCCUCUUCCUGACGCUGCUCAUGACGUCCAGUGCAACCGCCAUGCUUUGUGCCGCCAUCAUGACCGAUCACUGGGAGCACGUAUCCUGGGAUCGUACCAGCCUCGAUCGGAUCAGCAACGAAACCGCCAUCGAACUGCACUGGUACCUGGACGGUCGGGCAGCAAAGAUCCCUCUAAAGGGCAAAGGUCUACCAACGCAACAUCAUCAGCAUCAUCACCAGAAGGGAGGUGCGGCUACGCCGGCGGUAACGGACAAUCGGGCGGGCGUUUUUCUGGUGCCGAUGAACGGUGGCAUCUGGACGCUGUGUAUCGAUCUGACGGCGGAUGAGAUCCGCACCAUGUCUAACGAUGGCUUUCCGCAGGUGGACCAGUGCGUUAACUAUCUCGCCGGUACGAUGGAGAGCGCACAGGGUAACGACGAGGAUGCAAGGGCCGAUUGGCAACACAGUGAGUCCCAGGCGUCCUUACAUCCGCAUUUAAGGAUGCAGAAUCUAUCGAUUUCAUGUUCGCUGGUGUGCCUAAUCAUACUCGGCAGCGCUGCACUGGUGGGCGCCUUCGGCGUUUGCCAGCGUCAAAUCAGUGCCGUAUUGGUGACGGGCGUAAUGUACCUGCUGGCUGCGCUGUUCGCCUUGUUCACGCUGAUGAUCAUACACUUCAAGCGGCAGCAGGGACGACCGUUGCUCGACAGCGACUUUGACGGUACCAUCGAUGGGGUGGUGGCCAUCAAGGGUACGGCUAGGGCCGCAUCGAAAUUCCUCGGCGCCCGAAUAUUCGUCACCGCCUGGAGCCUGGAUCUUGGCUGGGGUGGAGUGGUGCUGUGCGCCUUCACAUCGUUCCUAUGGAUUCUGCUCUCGAAAAUCAUGCGCUUCAAUCCACUGUCGGCAAUGAUUUGA